UGGCAGGAAAAGAAGGAAAGCGGAUACAUCCGAGGAACACAACAAACGAUGGCUGCCAUCCGUAAGAAACUGGUGAUAGUGGGGGAUGGAGCGUGUGGAAAAACUUGCCUGCUCAUUGUGUUCAGUAAAGAUCAGUUUCCAGAGGUCUAUGUACCCACUGUGUUUGAGAACUACGUGGCAGAUAUUGAGGUGGAUGGGAAACAGGUAGAACUUGCAUUAUGGGAUACAGCAGGGCAGGAGGACUAUGAUCGAUUAAGACCUCUGUCCUACCCAGACACUGAUGUCAUACUAAUGUGCUUCUCUAUAGACAGCCCUGACAGCUUGGAGAAUAUUCCAGAAAAGUGGACACCAGAAGUGAAACAUUUCUGCCCCAACGUUCCCAUCAUACUUGUGGGUAACAAGAAAGACCUGCGCAAUGAUGAGCACACAAGACGGGAGCUCGCAAAAAUGAAACAGGAACCUGUUAAAAUAGAAGAGGGCAGGGACAUGGCCAAUCGUAUCAAUGCCUUUGGCUAUCUAGAGUGCUCCGCCAAGACAAAGGAUGGAGUGAGGGAGGUUUUUGAAAUGGCCACCAGAGCAGCACUGCAAGCGAAGAAACGUGGCAAGAAGAGCGCCUGCCUGUUACUAUAGAAACCCCAGAAAAUAGGGGUGGCAGUGUGGUUGAAUACAGCCAGGGAGAUUUAGGAAUGGGGAGGGAGGGGUCAGGGAAAGCAGGGGUGCCCUGGUACUCUGGGCUUAUCAGUGAUGGGGGAAAUGAGGCAACAUGAGAAACUCAAACCAUAAGAGACCAUUGUCAAGGUUUAGGGAAAGGGAUGUAAGUAUUCUUACAUGUUAUCCAUCCGGGAGUUGGGGGUCACGGCUUCUCAUAUCACCUCAGCUGUACUGUGGCGGGUAUGUUUGUAAAGGACUCUAUAGCUAGAAUGUUUUAGUUAGUUUGUUUUUUUUUGUUUGUUUGUUUGUUUAUUUUUAACCCAACUGGUAUACUUCACUUUUAUACAUGGUCCUAAAGAGUUGGCUCUCAUAGGUUUACUUAUCGUCUUCAGCAGCUGUUCAGUGUGUUUGAUAGAUUGUAUGUAUGUAUGUUUGUACAUGUAUGUAUAUUAAUGUGUGUGAAUAUGAAUGCAUGUGUGUUUCUUUUGUCGCUGUUGCUUUGUUUGUAUAUGAGCGUAUUAUUUAGAUCGUUAUGUCCUGUUCUAGUUCUCUGUUCAAACGAAGCACAGAUUCAUUGAGGCGGUUCUUAUCUGUAACCACCUCAUUCUUCAGUCUCUCCCCUAUUCAUUAAUGAUGUUACAAAGAACAAGUCUGGGUUGUUGCCCAGUGACAUAAAACCAUUGGCAGUUCUGAGUUAUUUAAAAAGAUUUGCCUUUUUUUUUAAACAUUGCAUUUAGAAAUGAAAUUUAAAUUAAAACAGCUUUUAUG